AUAUGUAUUUAAGGCCACUUUAGACAGAUUUAUCAGCAGACCGGUACAGUUUUUGUCCCUAUUUUUCGUGUACACCCCUUAACGUAAAUGGUACGUUCCAAAACAAGAUGUCGUCCCUUCAGAAGAAAGUGAUGGCGAGAGGACUCCCACCUAGACCACCGGCUGGCACGGGCCCUGGGAUGACCAGAGCAGGUAAACUCAUGGGGAUGGCUCGCAGGAGAGACUACACACCAGUGUCGUGGGAUAAAUACUUUGAAACAACAGACCAUGUCACAGUGGGUCAAGAUAUUUUCCGUAUUUACCGAGCGGGAUCAGAAGGACCAGUUCUGCUGCUCCUGCAUGGUGGUGGCCACUGUGCACUGUCCUGGGCCUGUCUGUCAACAAUAGUAACCUCACUUGUGAACUGCAGAACCCUCGCUGUCGACCUUAGGGGACAUGGUGAUUCUCAGACAAAAGAAGAAGAAAAUUUGUCAGCAGACCAGCUGGCAGAGGAUGUUGGAAACUUAGUAACUGCUCUGUAUGGUGAUGAGCCACCACCCAUUAUUCUUGUUGGACAUAGUAUGGGUGGUGCAAUAGCCAUCCACACAGCUGUUCAAGAGAAGGUUCAGUCCCUUAUAGGCAUGGUUGUCAUUGAUGUAGUAGAAGGCACGGCACUAGACGCCCUCCACAGCAUGCAGAGUUUCCUGAGAGGACGGCCCAAGUCUUUCCCCACUCUGGAGGCUGCCAUUGAGUGGUGUGUGAGAAGUGGACAGGUGAGAAACCUGGAGUCAGCUAAGGUCUCCAUGGUUGGACAAGUAAAAAAGACAGACACCCAGGAAACAGGCACGUCCCUGUUGGAGCGUGAGAUUGCCAAUGAACCCAACGUUGGAGUGAGUCUCAGUGCUGAUGCUAUAGUAGAGGAGGAGGAGCCCACCUCCCCCUCCCAGGACAUGCCUCCCCCUGCUUCUCCUCCGCCCUCUAUGACAGAGCGGGCUGUUUUUGCACCUCCAGGGUCUUACACAUGGAGAAUAGACUUGUCCAGUACUGAAAAAUACUGGAAAGGUUGGUUUGCAGGGAUGUCGCAACUCUUUCUGUCCUGUAAUGUUCCAAAGAUGCUGCUACUUGCGGGAGUUGAUCGUCUGGAUAAAGAUCUCACCAUUGGUCAGAUGCAAGGCAAGUUCCAGAUGCAGGUGUUGCCCCAGUGUGGACAUGCAGUCCAUGAAGAUGCCCCUGACAAGGUAGCAGAAGCCCUGGCCACCUUCAUGGUCAGACACAGGUUUGCAGAGGCAACAGCAGAUUUUAAAAGACCAUUUCCUUCCUGCUGACAUCUCAAGGCAAGGCAAAACCUAACAAAUAAAGAUCUUCUGUGUCAAGUUAUCAACCAGAGCUUUUAAAGGCAGAUAGAAUUGUACUUAAUGGUAGAACCAGCUGGAUUUGUCAUCUCUGGAAGUCUUAAUCAAGUGCCUAGAGCAAGCAUUCUGUACACCUGCUUGUUACAGGUACUACAUGUGUCUACCUUAUAAGGUCAUCUUGGAUACAAACUAUGUGCAACACUGAACUUGUAUGUGGAUGAUUUCACAGUUUGCACCUUUAUUAGCCUGACUAAAAUCACGCUUCUAGUGGCCGGCCCUACAGUUGCCACCAGCUCUCGGGAAGGGGGUCAUUAACCCCAGUCAGCGAAAGGCUAGCACCUUUAUUUGACAUCUCUUUAAUGACUGAAGAGUUUUCCCCACAACAGUUAGCAGAACAAAAGUUAUGGAUGACUUAUUCUCACUGUAUAACUGUUAGGUGACUGUUGGAAAAUUCUUUCUAGUUACUAGUGUUCCUGUUCUUAACUCAUGUCUGAGUUCUAUAAGACAAAAAAGUGAUAUUUUAUUGCCCUGAUCUAGAAGGAGGUAGUUUUCUAUUAAAGGUUCAAACUGUCCAAUAAAAUAGUACCGAUAUAGUCAUACAAGUACCAAUUGUAGAGACCAAGGCACCACUACUGGCAUUUUAAUGUUACCCAUAUUGUGUUGCUGUUUAGAAUAGCAAUAUACACGGCACUGCUAGUACAAAGACUGUAGGUAGGAUAUUGAAGCUUGUACAGGUAAGUUUGUGGAAAGGUUAAAAAAGGACUGUGGUUUGUGUGUAUUAGUGUUGUAGUUAAAAAUGCACAGAGAGGUUAGAUAAAAUCUUGAUACAUCCUAAAGUUGCCACGACUGUUGAGAUAUAAUGUAUGGAGAUUUCCUUACACGUCAUAAUGCUGCUUAUGUAUCCAUUUUUUGUGCCACACCUUGUGUUGUUAGUAUUUUUGUUACCACUCAGAAGCCAUACAAUGGCACCCAUAGAGUAACAAGUAACAAAGAGAUAAUCUAUUAUGUAAAAGAAUAAGCCAGAAUCUCCAAAUGUAGAGUAGAGUAGAGGAUAUAAAACACAAGGGCUAUAUACUGGUAGUAAUAUUCUUCAGAGGAUAUCUCUGUGAGUGAAGAAUGCUCAAAGAUCGUGUGUAUCUGUGUGAUGUAAGACUAUAUGAUUGAGGUGUUUCAACAAACAAUAUUCCCAGAUAGUGGGAACAUAAAUAAAAA